AUGUCUGGAGACUGUAACCAAGGGUUCUUCAAUGUGCCCUUGGAGGAGGGGAGUCAGCCUUUAACGGCAUUCGUGUCGAAAAAGGGCACAUUCCAGUACACCGUGGUUCCAUUUGGUGUGAAGAACAGUCUAAUCGUGUUCCAAAGGAUCAUGGACCAAAUCUUCGCCGGGAUCAUCGGCAACGGCGUCAGUGUGUAUAUUGACGAUAUCGUCAUAUACGCAAACGACUUAGAUGUGCUGUUCGAAGGACUGGAGCAAGUCCUCGACCGACGCUGCACAGCAGGACUGUACCUGAAGCUGAAGAAAGGCGAAUCGUUGAACGACUGGGUGAAGAUGUUAGGCUACCUGGUAAGCAGUGAUGGCAUCAGAUUACAUCCCAGCAAGGUGGAAGCAAUCCGCCAAGUACCGGCUCCCAAGAACAUUCAAGAGCUAGGAUCGUUCCUAGGCGCAGCGACGUACUUAAAGAAGCACAUUCCAUCCUUCGCGCACCACACAGCCAUACUCACCGACCUCCUAAAGAAAGGAAGGCUAUACUCGUGGGACGAAAGUCACGAAGCCGCGUUCCAGGCCAUCAAGCGAGCGAUCAUAGACGCAACCAUGCUAAAAGCGCCGCAAGGCAAAGGCCGCUUCGUAAUCACGACCGACGCCAGCGACAAAGCCACAGGAGCUAUCCUAGAGCAAGAACAAGAUGGCGAACGCGUCCCCGUAGAGUUCGGAAGUCGGAAGAUACAGCCAGCAGAACAAAGGUGGGACACACGUGAACGAGAGUUGUACGCCAUAAGAUACUUCGUGGAUAAAUGGCACCACUACUUACGCGCUGCACCGUUCCUAGUCAGAACCGACCACCAGAACCUAAAAUACCUAUCGAAGGCAGACACCGGCAAGUUAGGUAGAUGGUCACUGUUCCCGCUUUCCGGAGUCGACACGCGAGCUUAA